CACCAUUCUCAACGGACGGACACCGGGGCAGGGCAGGGCAGGGAUCCCCUCCGCAUUCAAUCAUCGCAACUGUCGCAAUCGCAACCAACCGUUCGUCGUCCGAGCAUACCUAGCUGAGGUCUUGUCCCAACAUCAUCUCUUCCCGACCCUCGCUUCACCAGGCAGGCCGUCUACGCAGCGCUUUCACCGUGUCUUCUCGCUUGACAUCGAUCCGCCGUUCCCGCCCUGUGCGCUGCGCAAUACCAAUUGCCCUUCCCCCUCCAAAUUCGCAAAGCGAAGCUAUAAGGCGCCCCGACUCGAAGCUACAACGCCAACCAUGGUCAUCUACUCCUUUUACAUCUUCGACCGGCAUACGGAAUGCAUCUACUCCAAGACCUGGCUCCCACCCCCUCCUGCCCCGGGGGCACAACCACAGCAUGAUAUUUCGACAAGCACUACCGGCGCCGCCGUGGCCUCCUCCGACCCUCACCAUCAUAAUCCCAACACGCUACGCAGCUCACGCUCGGCCGUCAGCGCAGCCAACAAAGCCUCGGACGAUGCCAAGUUGAUCUUCGGCACCGUGUUCUCGCUGCGCAACAUGGUGCGCAAGCUGGGCGGCGAAGACGACGCCUUCAUCAGUUAUAGGACAGCCCAGUACAAACUGCACUACUACGAGACGGCUAGCAACCUACGCUUUGUCAUGCUGACGGACACGGGGACGCUGAGCAUGCGGAACGUGAUGCAUCAGAUAUACAUCAAUUUGUGGUGUGAAUAUGUGGUCAAGAACCCUCUCGCACCCGUCGAACACAAAGGCGGCGCCGGCGUCAGGAACGAGCUAUUCGAGCUGGGCCUAAACCAGUUUAUCACUGGUUUAAUGUGAGACCUCUUCAUCCAGCCCCUGAUUGAGAUUUACAGUACAGCACAUGAGCACAAACACCCGAAUCGGUUUGCGCCUCGCGUUUGGGCCUCUUCCAGCGACACUCCAUCCACCGUCGUGAGCCCACCUAACCCCAUCAACAUACUCGCUCAGUUUUCUGCUCCCCUGGCAGACACAAAAAAGGCUGAUGAAAGAGUUCGACACAUAGCGGUCAAGCCGGCGGCCAGCGAUAACGGAGCAAAGGCAAUGCAAUGUGGUUCCCCCGGGACAAGACCUUGGUUAAAGUCUGGCUUAUGGCCUCUUGCGAAAGGAUGAGAAAGAGCCCGAGCCCAAACCAUUGUCGAUUCGCGAGCGAGAGCCUGGACUCACUAAAACAGAAUAAGUAGAGAGGGGUUUUGUGUCCAUUUUUCAUGCAGACACAAGAGGACCAAACCAUGGACCUGGCCGUUUGCGGAACUGGCCUCGCCAUGAGACCAGAUGAAGAGGAGGAGCAUAUACAUAUAAAGACGGGAUGACCCGUCGAGAGCACCGGCGUGGGAUGGCCGUGAUAGACAUGUCGAAACAAGCAUACCACAUACUUGCUGUAAUGAAAGAACGAACAUAGCGAUACUAACAAAUUAAUACCACAUUGACAAACCG